AUAUACCCGUCAAGGCAAAACCUGUCAAGGUAUAUAAACAUGGCAGAAGAUUUUGCUUCCUGGCUCAAGGAAAAAUUGCACAAAAUAAACACGGAUGAAUCAAUUUACGGGCCCUACAUAACGGGAAUACUAGAUGGGGACGCAGAGGAGCAGUUUGAGGAGAAAGUUGGUGCCAUUGAGGAACUUCUGGAAGGGAUAAUUGAUACAGAUGUAAGAUCAACGGCAGAGGAAAUUGUGAAUAAGUGGAAAUCCUUCAAUGCUGAGCCACAGGAGGAAAAGGAAAUUGCAACAGAGGAUGUUGAUACACGUCUUGCACGACUCCUAGAGUCAAAUGUGGUCACGUCCACUGUUCAGCGACGACAGACAUCCGAGGAGUCUCAGAUACGCUCCAAAAUAUUAGCACAGUACAGCCAAGUUGCGCUCUCUGACGAAGAGGAUGAUGGGGCCCCGAGCACAUCAAAUGGAGAUGCGGAACUAGGGCGUAACACCAAUGUGGAGGCUGUGCAGCAAAUGAUGCGAGAACGCCGGGAACAGGCAAAAUUGGAGAGUCAAAAGAAGAAGGAGAAGGACAAGGAAGAUCUCAGGAGGCAGAAGCAACUAAGGGAGGAGAAGAAGGAGAAAAGAAAGAGUGUCAAGCAAGAACGCAGACGGUAGCGUUAAAAUAAAAUUUCAUCAUUGCAAAA